AUGUGUGCGCCAUCUUCCUUCUGCUGCGCAUAUCAGCCCGGUACACAUGGCAAGCCUGGUACCCCAGGGGUACCCGGACGGGAUGGACGUGAUGGCUGUGACGGAAAUCAGGGACCUGCUGGAAUGACUGGACCAGUGGGACCUCCAGGACUGCAAGGAGAAACUGGUGCCAAGGGCCCGAGCGGACAAAAAGGGGAGCGCGGGGAUGUGGCACCUGGUCGGAUGUCUCAUAGGAACUGGAAAGACUGCGCAUGGAAAGACUUAAAUGACGACAAAGACAACGGUCUGAUCAAGGAGUGUGUGUUCACUGAGAACUUCUCUGACACUUCGCUCAAUGUUUACUGGGCUGGUGCUUUAAGAAUCUACAACUGUGACAACUGCUGCUUACGCUGGUAUUUCACUUUCAACGGUGCUGAAUGUUCAGGCCCCCUUCCAAUUGAUGGUGUUUUGUUCAUGUAUAAAGGUAGUGGUACAAAUCCUAGUCGUGUCCGCCAUAUUAGGGAGUUUACGAAACCACGACGGCAACGGCAACGGGGGCACUGUAACCACAUCCGCAAAGACAAGGUGCGCGUGGGAUUCUGGGUCACUAAUUGUGCUGGAUUCAGUGGAUGUUAUGACGCCUACACUGGAUACAAUUCAGUGUGCCGGAUAUUUAUGAAGACAUUCCUAAACCCCAGACUUAGAUCUUGAUACAAAACAUCCAUUCGUGCAGAAAGGCGGAUAGGACGGUGAUAAAUUGCUUUAUCGUA